UUGACAGCUAUUAUAGAUUCGUCGAUCGUGCAGCAGUGUGUGUGUUGAUCGAAAAUAAUCGAAAUAAAACAAUAUUGUGACAAUUUAUAAAACAUUUUAACAUGUGAGUGAUGAGUUGUACGGAAAAUGAAAGUGGACCUUUUGUCGUGUUCUUCUUACCAGCGGUCGUUGGCUGCCUGACGAUACUUCUGGCUAGACGCUGGGCAAACUCGCAAGUUAGCAAUACCUCGUCUACAGCCGUCUCUAGACGGCGAAAAAUCAUUAAAGACCCGCUUAUCAAGCGGCCCUUGCCGCCCAUAGCCUGUAAAAUGAUGCCGCCUGGAUCUAAAAAGGCUUCUGGUGUGAACAAGAAGGGAGCACUCCCAGUACCAGAUGAAGAAAUGAAUGGAGGUGGUAAGCGCAUAGGUCGUCCAGCACGCACCCCGCCUACCACUGCUCCCACCGUGAAUCUUCCCGAUGUGAAGUUAGCUGAAGGGCCAGUGGCCCCCAAACAUAUUCCCUUCCCCUACAUCCCUCAGGAUGGGACCCUUCUGUUUGAAGCUAUGACUUUUGUCUUCACUCUGGUAGCUACUGGCCUACAGUUCCUGAACUUGUACAGGACUGCUUGGUGGUUACCUCAUUCUUAUACUAAUCAGGCUAUGAAUUUCUACUUGAUAGAUCCUCACUUGGUGGCAUUUAUAGUAACGAUAAUAUCCCGUAAACUACUGCUCAGUAUCUGCCUAGCCAUCCUCAGAUUUGUGAUCGCGCCUAAACUUAUUCCUCAUGCUACUAUUGCUGCCAGAAUGUUUAUACUGGGCGUGGUGCUCGGCGCUUUAUCUUGGUGCACCUACUUUAUCAUGCUCAAGUAUCCAAUGGUGAAAAUAUUCUACCUGUGCUAUCCAGCUGUAAUCUACUUCCUUCUCUUCGGUCUACAAUCGAGUCCGUUCUUGGAGCUAAAUAACGCGGACCCGCCACUCCACUGCUGCACUCACGACGCGGCACAGAUACGCACAGAGGUCGAGGCGUUGAGACAAGACUUCAAUGUGAGGAUGAAGAAGAUCAUUUUCAACUCUGUGGUCGGGGCUUACUAUUCGAGUUUUAUACCGUGCUGUUUUGCACAGUCAUACCUAUACUACGAAGUAUACGCGGCGUCGCAGCAGACGGCGUUCGUGUGGGCGGGUCUGUUCGCGCGCUACGUGAGCCAGCUCGUGUCCGCGCACUACUGCGAUGUGCCGCACCGCGCCGCCGCGCAUCUCGGCCGCUGGCGACCCGACAACAACUUCACAGAAAGCAAUGAAGUACCGACGUGGUGUGCAGACCGCAUGUUCUCCCGCGGCGCCCGCGUGUCGCUGGACGGCCGCUACUACAUCGCCGUCACGCCGACAGUCGCCGCCGACCCGGCUAAUGUUGUGCAUGGCCGGUUUCAUACUGUGUUCGCAAACCCCUCGCUCCUGUUAUGCGGGACACUAUGCCUACAACUAUCACUAAUAGUCCUCCAACUGUGUCUACUCUUCAGUUCAAUCCAGUGGCACAACUUCCUAGCAAUAGUCAUACUUCUCUUCAUAAACUACUACACACUAUUCAAAAUGGUGCGAGAUUACCUCGUCGCAUGGAAAGUUUAUAAAGCAGAAAAUAUGAUACAAGACAAGAACGGCUCGUUACAACCAGUCUCCAAUUAAGUUUCUAAGUUUUGUUUAUUUAUUCCUAAGGUGAAUGUUGCCCGCGCACAAAAUUCUUUUUCUAAAUCUUGGUGCGGCCUUCUUCGCGUGUUGGGUUCGAUAUUUGAAUUCUAUUUUCUUUUUUUUUUUUAAGUAGAAAUUGUGUUCGUUAUAUUAGAUACUUUUUAGUGAAGAAUACAGUAGACAAAGUAGAAUUUAGUCAGUAGAUCUGUGUCGUUUUUAUUGAGGCAAUAUUUCCAGAUUCUAACCAAUUUCCAGAUUUUUUACUUCUUAGCAUAUAAGUCUUCCAUACUAUAGCCUCUUUAGCUUGAUAUCUUUUCAGUAAACUUUACUAUAGAAUCCAAUCUUUUUUACCAAUAUUAUUUCAUAUCUUGGAAAUUGCCCUGUCAAUUAUGAACAUUCCAUAAUUAAUAUAUGAACCCAACACAAUGAAGCAAGUUGUGCUAGAACCCUGUAAUUUGUUGAAUAUCUCAUUUUUGUGUCAAUUGUACUUAAUAUUUGUGAAGAACUGCGCUCAUAUAUUUGGUUUCUGAACAAAGUAACAACGUUACAUAGCAUUGAAUGUAAAAUUAUUAUAAGACUGAUGGCAAUUACACCAUUGCUUGCAGACCUUUGAACUCUGUCUUAGGUGAGCGAUUAGUGCUAUAGAAUAUAUAGCUUUGACCAUGUAUAGUAUUGCACGAAAUGUUUGGUAACAUGGGACAAUGGGUUACAUGUAUAAAGUGCGACGUAAUGUAGUAACGCCAAAAUUCUAUUCGAAACCAAGAUAAGGCACAAUAUGUUACCCUGAACAAUUAUAAGAAAACUGAACUUGCCAUAAAGGAAAGUUUUAUUUUUAAUUUAUAUUCUUACGACUUUUAUAGACCCCUGAAAUCUCUCAGCAUCGUCUAGUCAAUGGACUUGAAUGUAAGUUAAUUAUCGAUAAUAAAAACUUGAAUGAACA